AUAGGAACCAAUCUUCCUGCACUGUGCUUCGACCCGUUCACAUCUUCAGAUCGGACCAACCGCUGUCGCAGCGCUGAUCGCUUCGGUAAAAAAAAAUUUUUUUGCAAAUCUACAAUUUCGUAACCUGAGGUCAAACCUGCUGUCAGCUCAGUGAGCGUCCGCCCGCCGAACCAGAGAUGCCCAAAAAGAAAACCGGUGCACGGAAAAAGGCUGAGAGCCGUAAAGAGCGAGAGAAACAGAUCCGAGCCAACCGGGAACACGUUGAUGUGGCCAAACACCCCUGCAACUCCAACAUGGACUGUGACAAAUGCCAGAGAAAACAGAAGAACAGAGCUUUCUGCUACUUCUGUAACUCAGUGCAGAAGCUGCCUGUCUGCGCCCAGUGUGGCAAAACCAAGUGCAUGAAGUCAUCAGACUGUGUCAUCAAACAUCCUGGGAUCCACAGCACUGGGAUGGCCAUGGUGGGGGCAGUUUGUGACUUCUGCGAAGCCUGGGUGUGCCAUGGUAGGAAAUGCCUCAGCACUCAUGCUUGUGCAUGUCCCCUGACCGAUGCAGACUGCAUUGAGUGCGAGCGUGGUGUCUGGGAUCAUGGGGGGCGAAUUUUCCGCUGCUCCUUCUGUCAGAACUUCUUGUGUGAGGAUGAUCAGUUCGAACACCAGGCAAGCUGCCAAGUUCUUCAGGCAGAAACAUUCAAAUGUGUUUCCUGUAAUAGACUGGGACAACACUCCUGCCUGCGCUGUAAGGCCUGUUACUGUGAUGACCAUGCCAAGAGUAAGGUCUUCAAACAGGAAAAAGGAAAAGCUCCACCAUGUCCCAAGUGUGGCCACGAGACACAGGAGACCAAAGACCUCAGCAUGUCCACUCGCACGUUGAAAUUCGGCCGCCAGACUGGCGCCGAUGAUGACGAUUAUUACGAUGGAGCAUCAGGGUAUGACUCCUACUGGAAGAACAUAGCAUCUGGAGGUGGAGACCAACAGGACGACUACGGAGAGGAUGACGACUACGAGGAAGAUGAGUAUGAGGAGGAGGAGGACGAAGAGGAGGAGGACGAGGAAGAUGAGGAGGAGGAGGAAGAGCGGGAAGAGGAAAGGGCUGCUGAUUCCCUGGCUGCUCUUAAAUUAGACGAGACUGCUGCCUGAACUAAUAAACAGACUGAAGAGCCUGUUGGUGGAGUGCGCAGUCCCAAAGGAUUCUCAGUGGAUGUUCACAUUGUUAUAAUUGAGGAAUCAAGGGACAUCCAUGUAACAUGAAAGUUCCUCAACAAUUUAGCUGGUAUAACUAGGGCUGCGCAUCAAUACUAGUGUUGAUACAGUACCUACAUUUCACUACAAAUACUUAUUCCAAUAACUGAGUCUGAGAAUUAUAAAUGUUAUUCAACACAGCCCACACAAACCAUUGCACAGGAAGUACAAAAAUAAAAAUAAAGGCAAGAUAUGAUUUAAAUCAAAAAUUGACUGAUUAAAAAAAAAAAAAAAAA